CUAAUCAUAUGCUUUCUACACUUCUGAGAUACUCUAAGUAAAUUUUGGCUAGUUUAACAUAAGAAUUAUUAUUUCAUGUUUAAAUUGAACAUUUUGAGCAAUUUUUAUACAAUCGAGCCACAUGAUACAAGAUUGUUGCGCAAAAUUAAUCUGAAUGUAUUUUUUGGCAUGAAUUGAUGUUAUCUUUAAAAAAAAAUGAACCAUUGUAAACGAUAAUGUAUUUGUUAUAUUUGUAAUUUUAAUUUACAUGAGAAGCUAUAACGAAGUUUUAUAAUAAGACAAGGUUAAAAAAGUAAUUGCUUAAUAAUAAUAACUAAUGUUUUGGUUUUCAACAGUUUCCUAGAUUUUGAUUUUAUUUCAUAACAAAAACUACUUCAAAAUUGUGCAACAUUUUUACUUAAUGAUCAUUUUAACAUGGUGGAGAAGAUUUGUAGCUCAGGUGGAUGAUUUGGGUGGAGUUUUGUUUUCUGAGCUGGGUGGUUUGGUCGUGGAGCUUUCGUCGUUCUUCUGAACGACAUCGUCAGCAGAAACUUCAGAUAGAAGUGAAGUGUUCGAAUUUCUCCCAAGAGCUCACAAAAUCAACUGCGUACACAAUUUGUUCAAGAGGGCGAGGACACACUGCAGCACACUGGCAGCACGAAAGAAUGAAGAGAAAUACCUGAAGGACAUAUUUCAAAAGAACGGCUACCCAAUCAACUUCAUCAAAAAGCACCAACGGCACACAGCAUCAGAACCCAAAUCAAGCACAAAAAUCAACAAAAGGAUCACCCUACCGUACAUACAAGGAAUAUCAGAAACCGCAACGAGACUGAUGAAAACCUUCGGGAUAGGUGUAGCACACAAACCAACAAAAUCACUACAAUCAAUCCUAUGCAAACCAAAAGAUGAAAUAACAAAGGAAAACAAAUCAAACAUCAUCUACAAAAUAAAUUGUACCAACUGUGACAAACACUACAUCGGACAAAGCGGACGCCCCCUCCACCUACGCCUACAUGAACAUCAAUUAGCAGUCAAACGCCAUGAUAUCUCUUCACUUAUAUCAAUACACGUGGAUAACUACGGACACUCAUUCGAUUGGGAAAAUGUAGAAAUCUUAGACAGAGGAAACUCCAAAAACACCAGAGAAUUUUUAGAAGCUUGGCACUCAGGUCAAUCAGCAAUCAACAAACAUAUUGAAAUCAAUCCAAUUUAUCAACCAAUCAGGAAAAUCAUGCAUAAAUAUAGGAACAAAAAUCAAACCAAUGGGAGACAUAACCAAAACAAAGAAGUAAACAAUGAUAAAUUUAAGGUCAACAAGAACCAAUCAACAUCGAGGUGCACAGAACAAGCUGUGAAACACAUAUGGAGAAAUUCGAACACUUCACUUCUAUCUGAAGUUUGUGCUGAUGAUGUCGUUCAGAAGAACGAUGAAAGCUCCACGACCAAACCAUCCAGCUCAGAGAACAAAACUCCACCAAGAUCAUUUUAACAUUAACUAUAUAUUAAUGCAUAGUGAACAAAUUUGAAUAAUUAAUUAACCACGACGAAAAAGUUUGAUUACAUACAAUGAAUAAGCAAUUGAAUUAUAACACAAUUACAAAAUUAUUUUUACCAGUUAACAAUCAAAUGAUACACAUUAGUACAAUGAAUACAUAAAACAAGAUAUAUAUUUGAAAUCAGUCAUAAAUUCUACAUAAUAUUUAUUUCGAAGUAAUCACUACAAAAAUAUGUUUAAUACAAAUUACAUCUUAUGAGUGAUAUGAACUAAAUGUAGAACCAGUAAGAAAUAAAUCCCCGGUUCGUUCCCGGGUUCCGGAACCAGCCCCCAAAUGCCCCGGUACGUUUGAAGGCGGGGAGAGUCAACUCUCCGUCUCGAAACGCUCUCACAUAGCCACGCGUAUACAGCCACUGCCAGGGACGUCUUACUGCCUUCUCGGGAAGGGGGUGGUGUCUACGAAAUUGAGAGGACGAAAAGCGAAUGUCCGGAGUAUACUUACAACUUUAAUAAAAGAAUAGACAGAACUCUUAUGAUAACAUUCACCUUAUGACUGCUAU